AGACCUACGUCGACUUUGCGGCUGGCCUACGCGAUCUUACUGGACAGAACCAAGUCAGUGAGCGGAUCCUGCUGGCCCAGUUCUAUCGAAGCCUCGACAAAAACGACACGGCAACUGGUGAAGCAACCACCGAAACCACGGAAGCUCGAAGAAGCCGUGGACAAGGCGACCGAGAUCGACGAUCCCAUCGACAAUGUCGUACAAGGAAUGCACAACAUUGGACAGGCUUGGUCAACGGCCCCAAACACAUAUCUGGUACUAAUGGACGGCACGACCGGGCAGGUACUCGUCAUUCCAGAUGUUGGUAGUGGCGUGGGAGCCAUGGAAGAGGGAAACGGUAUGGUGAGGACGGAUGGCGAGGAUUUGGCGUACUUCACGAACCCACAAGGCGUCUGGAAUAAGUACACGGGACUUGGGAGUACCUGA